AGCCAUUUUGGCUCUGAACCGCCACCUGACCGAUUCGCUACCCUGCCCCUCUGCUAUCCCCCCCGUUCGUUCCCCCCGACCGGCGGCGCCACUCCCCGCGGGGCGCGCGCGGCCAGGGCCCCCAAGCACCCCAGCCAGGAGAGAUGGCGCUGAGCGGCGCGCGCCUGCAGCUGGCACAGGCCACCGCCGGCGGCCUCCGCCGCUGCCAGUCCGGCGAGCAGCCCGGUGACGGCGAGGCCACGCCCGACGCCUCGCCGGGCGCCUCUGGUUCCGGACGGUGGCGCCCUCGCCCGGGAGGCGCUGGAGCAGCGGCCCCCGGAAGGCCCGCCGUUGCGCGGGAGCCCGCCGCCCUUGCGGACGGCGCCACGGCCGCCGCGCCGCCGGCCACCGCGCCGCCGGCCGCAGGCGUCGCGCCAGCGGCGGCGGGCGCCAGCCAGCAACCUGCCGCCGGCACCGAGGCGAAGGCGCCCACCGAUGCCGACGACCUUCGCCGGGGCCGCUGGGAGGAGGCCGGCGCCUGCGCGGCGCUCUGCCAGCUGAUCCUCGACGACCGUCACUGCUCGGGCCAGCCGCGGCGGCGCCCCCCGCUGCCGCCGCAGCUGUGGGCGGAGAUGGUAGCCCCCUUCCUGCGCUUCGACGAGCUUAUGCCGGACAUGCUGUACGCGUUCGGCGGCCGCAACCAGACACAGGGCCCGCUGAGCACCACGGAGAUGUUCGACACGUGGCACGGCCGGUGGGUCCUGUGCGAGCCCAUGCCGACCCGCAGGGCCGGGAGCGCGGCAGCUCUUUUGCCCGACGGGCGGAUGAUCGUCGUCGGGGGCUACAACGAGAAGGGCAUCGCCGAGGGGCUGCUGGACACCUGCGACGUGUUCGACCCCAGCAGGCAGUGCUGGGUGGAGGGCGGCGCGCCGCCCCUGCGGCGUGCCCGCUGGGGCCACGGCUGCGCCGUGCUGCGCGGUCGCGCGUACGCCGUGGGCGGCUGCUCGCUGCAGGCCGACGCGCGGCCGCGGGAGGCGUUCAUGGAGACGCUCAAGUCCUGCGAGGUGCUCGACCUCGAGCGGGGCCAGUGGUUCCCCUGCGCGCCGCUGCAGAUAGCACGCAGCGGCGCCCGGCUGGUGGCGCUGCAGGGGGACAGAUACCUCGCCGCCGCGGGCGGCUGCGACGACGUCUUCGGGCGCGCAGAGACGCAGCCGACGGUCGAGCUUUUCGACGUCGUCGCGGGGACCUGGUCGCUGCUGGAGUCCCAACUGGUCAACCCUAGGAGGGACCACCGCCGCCGUGGCUUCCGUGGGGCGGCAUUCGCUGCUGGUGUUCGGGGGCGCGCCCUCGCUCACGAGCGCGGAGGUGUACCGCGUGCAGCUGCCGUCGGAGCGCGCCGAGGCGUCGCGCGAGGAGCGCCGAGGAGGGCGCGCGGGAGGUGCCGGCGCUCCGGCGCGCGCUGGAGCCCGGCGUGGUGAGCGACAUGAAGGACGGGCGUAUGGGCUGUCAGGCCGCCCUCCUGAGGCUGCCCGGCCGCGGGGGGCGCUUCCCGCUGGCGGACACGCUGUGCGCCGUGGUCGUCGGGGGGGAGCGCUGCGAGGAGACAGCGGCGAGGGCCCCCGCGUCAGGCAGUUCGCCACCACCUCUGUGUACGACGUGGCCGCCCGCGCUUGGCGGGAGGACGAAGCCGUGCCCCCUCUGUCGGCGCCGCGCACGGCCGCCGCGCUCUGCGUUGGGCCUGGACGCGGCUGCUCCCUGCUGGAGCCCGCCUCGCCGUGACCCCGAGCCGUGCGCGCGCGGCCUCGCGCCGUCUGCCGGCGCCGCCGUGCGGUGCGUCUCGCGCUCGGCCCCCGCCGUGCGGAGCGGGCGCUCCGCCGCCCGCGGGAGGCGCACGGCAGGCCGCUGCGCACCCCUGCGGUGGCGAGCCCUGCCGCGGCGUGCACCGCCAUGAGGCGCCCCGCGAGGGUUGCCGUUGUCUCAACUCGCCCUGCUCCGACCUUCGCCGCGGCGAGGCGCUGCGCGCGCGCCGACGCGCCUCGCCCGCUGUUCUAGCUGUGGCGGCGCGCGCGCGCGCCUGACUGGCCUCGCCACGGCGCGCGCUCAGCGUUUCUCUCGGCGUGGAGGAGGUGAGGCAGGCCUGGGAUGAGGACGGUCCCAUUCUCUCUCCUCUGUCCCCUUGUCGUCUGCUGCACCUUGAGCGCGUGCGGCUAGCUUUGCCUAGUGCGGCCUGUUCGGUGCUUCGGAUUUUUCGCGGGGGGAGGCGGG